AUGUUAAUAAAAGAUAAUACUUUCUUGCCAACUGAUUAUACACCAUUACAAGCACCAUUUCAAGCACCAGUAGCUUUAUUCUCAUCACAAUCACUAUUAGCUAUGAUCACAAGCACUAUUUGUUUUCCACUACAAAAUAAUUGGACUUAUAGAUUUUUAGUAUUUCAACUAUUUUUAAUACCUUUUAAUCUAUAUCAAGUACAAUCACAAUAUAUUUCUCUUUAA